AUGAGUGCCCAAUCCGCUUCGGCGGUGCGGGGCUCCGCUACAGGGCCUCUGAUGAAUGGUCGCGGGCACCAGUCGUCGGUGGCGCCAAGCUAUGGGGCUGCUUCUGAAGCUGGGUCUACAAGUGGUGUGGGCUUGGAUGCUGGGAGCAGUUUGCCGCAGGACACGAGGAUGGCCUCCGGCUGCAGAUCUGGCAAUGAUCUGCAGCAGGGGUCCAUCCCUGGCUCUGGAGGUGGUGGUACAGCUACACCUUUGGAGGUUGUGAAUGACCUGAGGGCGGCAACCGAUGGGGGCGAGGCCCCAGAUACCGGUUUGCCCCCUGGAGCAGGCAACAACAGUUCAGAACUACCCGAAGGACCUUUGGAGAGUGCACGGCGAGCUGUAGGACAGAUCUGGCAAGCGGUGCAGGUGGCCGCUGGACACCCUGCUAUGGCUUCCCGACCUCCUAUGAACGAAGGAGGAGAGUCUGGGGAAGUGGAAACGUAUCUGAGUGCUGGCUGGGAUGGGUCACGGGAUGAUUCGAGGCGCCUUUGCUUUCUGGGUUUGGGAGUCCUGGAAGAGAAGCUGGAAGGCGUGCCAGCAUUUCCCUCGGUCGCAGCUCAGGGUAUGCAGCCCUUGGAGCAUGUCCCAGGCGUGCCAGCAUUUCCCUCGGUCGCAGCUCAGGGUAUGCAGCCCUUGGAGCAUGUCCCAGGCGUGCCAGGUGCAUCAGGCUUUGCAUUUCCCUCGAUUGCAGCUCAGGGUAUGCAGCCCUUGGAGCAUGUCCCAGGCGUGCCAGGUCCAGGUGCAGCAUUUCCCUCGGUCGCAGCUCGGGGUACGAAGCCCUUGGAGCAAGUCCCAGGUGCAGCAGUUUCCCCGAUCCAAGAUGCAAACGCUAGGAGUCCUGAGGUCACGAACUUACUGCAAGGCCUGCAAGCUGUCCUGCGGGGAAGUGAAGGUUCACCCACGAGUGCCGAGCAGGUCAAGUACCAUUGGCAGGAACUUCCUAAGUUGCCUGAAAUUGGGGCUGAGGCAUCGUUGGCAUUCAUGGAUUGGUUGCACCUUUGCGCGCCCUGUGUGGAGGACAUGUCCAGCACAUCGGCUGACUAUUGGGCAUGCUUGUGCAAGGAAGCAGAGAGAUGGUACGCUGGAUACAUAUCGGCCGAUCCUGUCACCCGAUCAAAACUCCUCUGGGGAUCAUCUGCCGACUGUAUUCUCUGUAUGCCCCUGGUGGAGUCUCGGAACGAGAGCAGGGGAUUCAGUUCCUUCAAUCUCCUGUGCAAGCAUCAUCGCCGCACCAAGCCACUGAAGUCCUCCGGAAGUGGAAGCGUUGGCUACUGCGAACUCAAGCCUUGGGAGGAACCACUCCUGAUCCAGUGA